AUGUUGCCGGAGAUGGCAGUCCCUGCUAACUUCGCCCUGAUGUCUGUUGUGGCUCUUGGCCGCCAGGGCAAAAAGGUGGAAGACCUGCGCCUGUCAGACGUCAAGGAGUUGGAGGAUCACCUACAGCUGCCUGAAUAUCAGGAGGAGGAGCAGAACGUGGCGUUUCAGGACUGUUCCUGGCUUCAGUGCUGGUGUGAGGACGGCAAAGGCCAUGCGGUGCUCUAUUGGGUGGACGCGCACUCUGGGCAGGUGACAUUCAAGCAGCCAGUCAGCAACGACAUCAUCGAUCUCGCACGGCUCAGCGCCACGGUUCAGGAUAUACAGCAACGAAUCGAUCACAGUCCGAAGCACGCGGACGAAGCGAUUGUGGCCGCAGAGGCGCUGCCUUUCGAGCUGAUGCCCGAGACUCCUGACUCGGAGGAGAGCACCAAGAGUCUGCCUUGGAAAUGCAUCCAGCGGUCCUGUCAGAUGCAGAUUCUUCUGUGGCUCUUCACCAUGGUAGUCAUCGCGGUGGUGGCUCAGGCGCGUGCAGUCCUUGCUUUUGAUUUUCACGGAGUCCUUGACCGUGAUAUUCGUCAGAGCACAAAUUGGCGCGACGAUUGCCCAGAGUAUCCGGACCGCAACAUUCGCUUUUUGCAGAGGUUGAGUCAGAUUACGGAGAGCAGGCAGAUAUUGGUGGUGGUGCUUUCUUAUUGCCGUCAUUCUGACACAUUAGCUCAAGUUCUCGGCACGAGUUGCAACAGCACUGAUCGGCUCAUCCGUGAAGCAGGAGUUUCAGUCCUCUCGCUACUUUUUAUCACCCGCAAACCCACGGGUGAAUCAGGAAAGCGGGCGCUGCUGGAGAAGGUCUUUGAUAUUGCUCGUUGUCCCAUUGCCAUUGUUGACGACAGUGCAGAAGUUGUGGACGAGUGUGCCGGAGCAUCAUUCAUCACUCCGUUCCACAUUUCUUUGGCUAAGCGCGGCAAGCGAGUUGAUCCUCGAUCUACGGUGCCCAGUUUUUCUGGUCUGAUUGAAGCAGAAGAGUCACUUUGCAACUGGUGUAUCAACUCUGUUCCGAAUUCCGAGGUGGUGUUGGUUCGGAUAGUGGUUCGGUUGCUAGUAGUUCAGCAGUUGAGGCUAGAGCGUGUUGAGAAUGAGGCUAGAGGUUUGGUUGAAUCCACCGUUGAGCAAAUGCGUGAGCAGUUGCAACAGUACGAACAUCGCUAUGAUGAGAUCCUUCAACAGGGUCGAAUCUUGGAAGAACAGCUCUCUGUAGCUAAGGCCGAGCAAAGCAAGGCCGAAGCAGGACUGCAGGUCGCUCGCGCAGGGUACCAAGAGCUUGAAGCCGCCCUAACCAGCUGCCGGGGUGACAACAACUUGCUGAACUUCCAAAACACCCAGCUACGUGUCGAGUUGCAAGUCAAAGACCGCGAGAUUCAGAGACUUCGCCAGGCUGCUGCAAGCGCCACGAGUCCUGGGUCUUCGCCUCCAACGUCUGCUCCUUUCCAGCCAGAUAAGCCGCCGGUAAUUGCGUCAAGUGCAUGCUCUGGUGGGUUUAGUUGGGUACAUAACGGUUCUAAUGAGGAUAGCAGUAGUGGUGCACCUUCAUUGCCGCAAGUUGUCAAUGAGUCAGCCCCUUGCCCUCCUGCGACCGUUACCGAUCCUCGUGUUGAUCAGUUGAUUGAUGUCGUACAGCAACUGCUUGCCCAAAGAAAUGGCACGGAUCCAGGAUGCAAUGAUGCAUCUCCUGUUCAUGAGAUCGAAGAGCCUGAAAGGCAAGAGAAGCACAUUGUUGACAGCCGAGCUUUGUUACAUCUCAAGCUUGAGCCGGUUCCUUCCGACGCUGCUGGUUUCCGAGCCUGGAAAAACGCGUUGUUGGUCCAGAUUGCCAAGCUUGACAUGUCAGGCGAAGGUUUGGUUGUUGAAUGGUUGUCUCGGUCUUUCACAGCUGAAAAAGAAGAGCUUACUGAAUCAGGUCUUCUUCCUCGCCUUGAUGCUUGGAUUGCUGGAGAGAUGACUUCCAUGCGUGUGUUGAAGCAAGUGACUGAGUUGGCGCAAGAAGUUAUCGCCUACGUUGAGUUGUGUGGCCAGACAGGGUCCCAGCCGAAAGGUCGAUACAUGCUUGCUCUUCUUGCUCGUCAUUUCAGCAUUGACCGUGUUCGAGGCACUGUGCUGACUGCUUCAACGUUGUUCCAGGUCGAAAUUGGAGGAAACUCCAUUCGAGAUCUCCGGGAUUUUGUGCAGCGCGUUCGGACUGUUCUGUAUUCAAUCCCAAUAGGACAGAGGCCGGAUGAUCGCCUCACUGGCGAAUGGCUCUUCCACCGUGUGAAGCACAUUAGGAAGCUAGAACGCGUCAUUGAUGACAUCAGAGAAUCUGCGCCAGAAUCCCGUCGUCGUGAGUGGAGUUACCUAUGGAACAAGAUACAAGACGUCAUCGUUCAAGAGCGAGAAGACACUAAUGCUCAGUCGGUAAUCAAGUCCUUGCAGAUUGCAGCUCCGCAGGCAAAGGAUGGCAUCUGGUUGCAUGCACGGAGAGGAGCCGUUGCGAAGGCAGUCGUGGCAAUGAUUGCCGCCUCAAGCGUGUGCAACAUCCCUGGAAGCAACGCCUUCAGCGUUGGGUGGGCUGCGGAUACAGCUGCUGGUCGGCAUCUUGGAUCGGCACGGGCGUUGGCAGACCGGGGAAUUCCGUCGGAGUCAUACAGGUCGUUUCUUGCGCACUCAGCGAGCCUUGUUACGUUCCACGCAGGCGGUGGACCUCAGCCCGGUUCGCAGAGCUUGGGAUUUGCGUCCGACAAUAUGCCUCUCGCCAUUCACUACAUGUUGGACAACUGCCCAGUUGUUCGAAGCACUGGCUUGGAUGUUGAAUCUGGGAAGGCCUUCAUAUGGUUACCUGGUUCCCUUCCAUUCUUCGCGCAUGACUUGUCUAAGCUUCGGGUCGACUGCGCCGAAGAAGCCAAGCUUUAUGCCAAGCGCACAGAUGAGCAUGUGCCGAUCUUCACCAGCAAAUGUCAGUUUGUCCAUGGUCUUGCUGCAUCAGCUGAUUCUCUUGACGAGUCGGGUGAGGAAUGCCAAGAGCCUUCGCGUCCCGUUGCCCAUGAUCCAGCUGAAGAGUAUGCCAAAGACCUCCUAACAAAGCGUGGUGAUAUUCAGCCCAAUCAAGUUCGUAAGAUCUUUGGACUUAUGAAACGUGGUUCCGCAUCCCGAGGGAUUGAGCCGAGCGAUGACUCGUCCUUUGCAGUAGGUUGCUUCUGUCGAGGUGGUGUGGUCGGUCUACUGAAGUCCAAGAAAGGGGUCAUCCGGUUUUCCGCCAAAGAUCGACUUCGUGCCACGAAGCCUUGGACUGGUGAUCGACUUGUGAUGGUCUUGUGUGCGGCAAAAGAUCCUGCUUCUCUCGAGCAUGAUGUUUUGGAUGCUCUCAUAGGAGUUGGGUUUCUACUGGACAAUCUUCCGCUGGUUGAUGUCAUUCCCGCAGAAGUUGAUUCGUCCGAGAUACCUUCCUCUUCGUCAGGGGGGUUACCCAAAGAACAUCUUAUCGAAGCAAGCCCUGAUGGUCCUGCUGCGUCUGCGCUUCCUGAAGGGGACAAGCCUCUUGAUUUGAGUUCACCUGGAUUCCCCGUUGUGGAUGAUGCACAUGUCAGUGAUCGAGUUCGCAAACUCAGAGAUGAAGCUGUAAGUGUGAAGCAUCGCUUCUUCCACUUCCCAAAGAACCCGUUCUGUGAUGUGUGCAAUCAAUCCAAGCUCUUGUCCAGAAGAGUGUGUCGCAAGCCUCGUGAUGAGGACUCUGAGCCCGCGUUGCUUGAAGCCUCGGAAUUUGGAGAAGUCUUCGCAGCUGAUCACAUUCAUGUGUUCAAGUCACUCAGCGACUCCAACGCUCCCGGAAGAGAGUAUGUUGUGUUCGAGCAGUGCCCUGUUCAAUGA